AUGGGUCUCGGCAUCCUCGCUGACCAUGCACUCGAACGGGUCCCUGGGACCGCGCAGGUAUUUGAAGGCGAGCAGCGGAGAGAAGUCGAAAGAAACGCAGGAAGUAGGACAGGAAGGUCAGAUUUGAAGUACGAUAAAACUGGGAAAAUACUGCUUGUUCCGCAGCCGAGUGAUGAUCCGAAUGAUCCGCUUAACUGGUCUCUUCGUCGCCGCGACACCAUUCUCCUUCUUCUGUCCCUCUUGUCAGUCAUCGCGAGCACCCUCUCCCCCAUCCUCGCCGCCAACACCAUCUCCCUCGCCAUCUACUUUGGUCGCGACUUAACCGACAUGGCACUGUUGACCGGCUACCACCUCUUGGGUGUUGGGGUUGCGGGCUUUCUUUUCGUGCCGUCAGCGCGUAUCUGGGGAAAACGACAUGUGUAUCUCCUGGGCAACGUGCUGGUGGUGGUGAGUUGUGCUUGGGGUGGCGCGAUAGGAAAUCAUUAUGGUGGGUUUCUGUGGGCGAGGGUGUUUCAAGGUGUGGGGUUAGCGCCAUUUGAGGCGCUUGUUAAUGCUAGCGUUGGCGAUAUGUAUCACGUCCACGAGCGUGGAGUUCGCAUGGCACUGUCCAACUUCUGCGUCUUCGGAGGCGCGUUUCUCACCCCAGUCUUGGUAGGAGUGAUAGCGGAUCGAAUCGGGUACCAGUGGACAUUCUAUUUCGUCGCCAUAUUCGCAGGAGUCAUGCUACCCUUGAUGAUCCUUUUCGUUCCGGAGACGGCGUUCCGGAGGGAAGAGAAGUUCGACAUCGACACCAUGGGGAACUUGCUAGUUCUAGAUGGAGAAGAAAUGAAAAUGCUGGGGAACAAAGGUCCAAACACUACAUCACUUGAACACGACGCAGCUGGGGAUAUGGCUGAAAAGGGAGCGGAACAUUCUCCAGAACAUCAAUCGAUGGGCAGUCCGCCACGCAAAGCUACUUUCCUCGAAAGUAUCAAGCCGUUCAACGGACGGAAAACAGAUGAGCGGUAUCUGCACCUCCUUUUGCGUCCUUUCUCACUGUUCCUACAUCCGGGUAUCCUAUGGGCUUGUCUCAUCCAAGGCACUCUAAUCGGCUUCACGGUUCUUAUCGGUGUUGUGCUUGCAGCGAUUAUGCUCGGCCCACCGCUUUGGUUUGGAGAGGUGGAAACAGGAUACAUGUAUACAGGUGCCUUCAUCGGUGCACUGCUCGGCUUUGCCCUCACCGGCUUGAUUAGCGACUGGUCCGCCAACCUACUCACACGCCUUAACAACGGCGUAUACGAACCCGAGUUUCGCAUGGUACUCGUAGUUCCACAACUCAUACUAGGUUGCGCUGGUAUCUACGGCUUCGGUUGGACCAGCGCAGAUGCGGGGAAGUACGGGUGGUUCUGGCCUGAUUUCUUCUUCGCGCUCGUAGUCAUGGGUAUGGUUUGUGGUGCUGUUGCCAGCGCGCUAUACAUUGUCGAUGCGCAUCGCGGCAUAUCUAUCGAGGCUUUUACGUGCCUACUCGUUUUCAAGAAUAUAUUCUCCUUCGCCUUGACAUUCAAAGGAUUUGACUGGAUUGUUGAUGCUGGACGGCGGAGUGGGCAAGGUGGGGGUGGGGGAAUCAAAGACCUUUUCGUCAUCGUCGGGAGUGUGCAGGUCGCCAUUUGUGCAUUAACGAUUCCGAUGUACAUCUUUGGCAAGAAGAACCGGAGUUUUUUUCACCGCUAUAAUAUUUUCUUUGCGAUAACAGAUUGGGUCGCGGAUAAGCUGACAUUUUGGUAA